CCUGCAAAGUUCCCGGGCUGAAGUCAGUGCCCUGGCCCAACAAAGAGACUAUUUAAAAGAUGAACUUGAUACGGUUCACCGAGAGCUUAAAUAUGCGUAUAGACUGCAAAGUGACUCUGAAAGGGAAAUGCACACCACAGAAUUUCCCCUAACCAGCAGAUUGAUACCUCCUAGUCAAGGGUUUCCAGUUCAAAAGGGGGGUGAGAGCCCACUGCUCAAGACAUCACCUGCCAGCAUCCCUGAACCCCCAGCAGCAGCAAGGGGGUGGGAGCCUUUUCAAAGGCUGUCUUCCAGUCACGGCGUGUCACCUAAAGAAUUGGAUAAGCUGGCUAGAAACAUUCCCACUUUCACUCCAAACCCUGCAGGAGGCCACGAUGUGCACGCCUACUUAAAAGACAUUGACUUUCACUUGCAAACUGUUGCCAAUGUUACCACGCGAGACAGACUCUAUCUGCUCCGAAUCACCGCCAGCCGUGAGGUGAGGAGCUUUCUAGACCGGCAGCCAGAAACGGUCGAAGUGGAUUACCAGCAACUGCAGCAGGCUCUAAUUAAGGAGUUCUCUGACCCAGAGUCAGAGCAAGGACUGAUUACUGCCAUGGACCUUAAACAGGGCAGACAGGAAACCACACAGGCUUACUACAACAGGCUCAGACAGGCCUACUUCGGAGCACGGAACGAGCCAGGAAUGGAACAGGAUUUCAACUUCAAAAUUCUGUUCCUCCGGAACCUGCACCCAACAGUGAGUCACCACUUGGGGGUUCUGGCUUGCCCUCGGACUAUGUCCACCCAACAGCUGCGAGAUUUGGCCCAGGAGGCCUAUGCCAAACAAAGGACUGCUUCUGAAAACACAGGAAAAAAAACCACAAUCUAUCCUGUCACUAAUCAGAGUUCAGAACUUGCUCUAGAGGGCGCCGAGCCAAGCCACAAUGACAAACCUGUCAACACAAUGUCAAGAUCCUUCCCAACCAGCAGAGAGCAGCAUGGCCAUGGUGGUGCCCGUCCUAAGCACCAGUAUGAGUGCCCCGAGAGAUCCUGGGACAGGUCACAACCACCCCUCAACCGAAGGGGUGGAGCCACAUGGGAAGCCAAGAGACGGCCCAAGGGGAACCGACACUCACAGACACAAGCACCGAGCUCGGACUGCCAGCAGCAGAACCCCUCUCAACAGCUGCGAGAUUUGGCCCAGGAGGCCUAUGCCAAACAAAGGACUGCUUCUGAAAACACAGGAAAAAAAACCACAAUCUAUCCUGUCACUAAUCAGAGUUCAGAACUUGCUCUAGAGGGCACCGAGCCAAGCCACAAUGACAAACCUGUCAACACAAUGUCAAGAUCCUUCAGGGGUCGCUGUUCGACUCAACCUGCGAAGCGGCCAAGCUCUCAGCCACACCCUAGGCUUCUUCCAACCUUCACCCGAAUGUGGGGAACUGGGCCUUACUUUGGAAGCCACACCCCUCGUUGA